UCACUGGAACCAUAGUUUCAUACAGUAGGAAACUCUGAGAACCACCAUCUCCUCUGAGAUUAACAUCCGUUACUGUCAGGAAGCCACCGCAGCAGAAUAAGAUUUAUAUCAAAGUUUAAAAUCAUAACUUGGCUAAAAAAACUACCAUUAGCCUCAGUGUAUUUAAUUAGGGGACGACACACUUUGCAAACAAGUAUCUUUAGUUGUGGCUUCUGAGAUUCAGGCAAGCCGCAAGCCCAGAUGGAGCCAGUUCGGCAUGAUCGCAUGAUUUUAAAUCUCCGGCGGGCAAGCCUUCGCCGCUCGCUCUUGCCCCUAUGCUUGCCCGUCGACCACCCGUCUCACUGGUCUGGCAGUCUUGUGCGUUUUCUUCACUGGUGUGCGCAGGCAGUGGAACAUUCGUGCCUUCAAAUCCCGACCAUCGCGAUAACAGGUACAACAGGUACCGUGACAGUCGAGCACCGACAUAACAACGGCGCACCGGCUCGCAACGCAUCAGAACGCCGAGGCAGCUCUCUACAGAGACGAGUUUCGGGAAAUUUUACUCAGGGCGCGCUUGGGACCGCGAUCAGUGGUGUAUUCCAUGCAGAAUGCCGUUGUACACAAGGAGUUCUUGCGGGAAGGGAAGAUAUCGGUCGCGGUAAAGGAUGAAAAGGUGCACCUUUAUUUCUUGAACUGCGCACCUAGCAACCUUUGCCCGUUCGUCAAGUUUCUGAACUCGAAGAAAGCGACGCAAGGACCCACCGCUACUGUUCGCGAACGGUUGCAGUCGAGCAAGCAGAGAGUGAUUGAGGAGAUAAAUCCGUUGAAUGCUGCGCGACGCCAACGCAAUCUUGUCCCGGGAUGUGAAGAGGCCUCUCUCUAAGGACGAUCAAACUACAACGAUGGGAAAGAAGAGCAGACCGGUGGCGCCUGACGAUGUGAAGUGUGUUCUUCACCAGUGGUGCAGGCGCAUCUUGUCAUCACUACCCCAACAAGAUGCAUUUCCCAUGGCGACGAGUGGCAUCGUGGCUGCUCGGAUUGAUAGCACUACGCUGGAUUCAUUUGCCGUGGUGUAUUCUUCUCCUGACAGGCAUUGGCAUUGGCACGGCCCUAGUGGAAGUGAUGAUUUAACGUGCAAUGCGACCACUGUGGGUGAACCAGCUGUGCCGUUGCAAGGUGCUGGUGGUGAACGAGGUGUCCACGCUGCACGGAUGCUUCUGCCACAAGCUCGAGCCGGUGGCCCGGCUGGUGUGCUGUAGUGACCGUCCCAUUAAUGGCAUCCAACUAGUCCUCUGUGGUGGCUUCCUGCAGCUCCCACCAGUCUCUCGGAAGGAGGAGCCGGCACUGGUCUUUUGUUUUCAGGUGCUGCUGAAAUUGUCAGUAGCUGGCCCGAUGACAUCUGCGACGUGUCGGCUCGCCCAUUGCAGAAACGAGAUGGAAGCCUUCCACGUGACCUGCUUGACGUUUGGGUGCUCAAGCUGUGCAUGGCCAACGUCGCAGACGUGCCCCCGCAAGCUUCACAAUGCCGGCAUCCGUUCGCAUUGUGAUGCAAAGACGGCAUCCCUUGACGACAUCUGCCAAACUGGAAGCUCAAGCUUCCACAAGGUCCGAGGAGGCCCAGCAUUCCGCCAGUCGAGCUCAAUCAUGCUGCCUCCUUCAAGCAACAAAAGAAGGGGUGUUGUCAACACGUUCGAGGCUUCAGUGUUCCUCCAGCCACCUCAUCUAGACGCUGGUGACCACUUCACGGACACCACAAAGCAGCAGUGCUCACAGAGGCCCAGAUCUACACCGAAGGCUACAGCUGAGGUCCUGUACCAAGUCACCACGGCCGAGGAACGUGGGGAAAUCUGUGGAAAGCGCUCAGGGAGGAGACAGAAGGCAGGCAGCAUACAAGGCGUCAGUCGCCUCAUUGACAUGUGGUGACAGAAUCUUGAUUUUAAAGAAACAAAUAAACAGAAAACACCCACACAAAUUGUACUGGUACAGAGGGUCCUUCAAUCAAUGUGAUUUCAUCUAAAAGUAAAAAUAAAGAGAAACACAGAGGAAAAUUGUACUGGUAGAGUG